UAUUGUGUCGCAGGGUUAGGUUAAAUGGGAGUGACUUCAGGAUGAGGAUUCAGUCGUAGUUAUAAGCGGUGGAAGCACAGUUGGACCUGUCCUGUCAGCAUGUCUGAGCCUAUCAGAGUUCUGGUGACCGGCGCUGCUGGCCAGAUUGCAUAUUCCCUGUUGCUGAGCAUCGCCAAGGGAGAUGUCUUUGGCAAAGAUCAGCCAGUCAUCUUGCUUCUUUUGGACAUAACUCCCAUGCUGCCGGUCUUGGAGGGGGUGGUCAUGGAGCUGCAGGACUGUGCCCUUCCACUUCUGAGAGACAUUGUGCCGACUGACAAGGAGGAGGUAGGCUUCAAAGACCUUGAUGUGGCCAUCCUGGUGGGUUCCAUGCCCAGGAGGGAGGGGAUGGAGAGGAAGGACCUUCUAAAAGCCAAUGUGGCCAUCUUCAAAAGCCAAGGAGCCGCCUUGGAUAAGUAUGCCAAGAAGACUGUCAAGGUGCUGGUCGUGGGAAACCCUGCGAACACAAACUGCCUGAUCGCAGCCAAGUCCGCUCCCUCCAUCCCCAAAGAAAACUUCUCCUGCCUCACACGUCUGGACCACAACCGGGCCCGCUCCCAGGUGGCCAUCCGCUGCGGGGUUCCCGCCACUCAGGUGAGGAACGUUAUCAUCUGGGGCAACCACUCCUCGACCCAGUACCCAGAUGUGCACCACUGCAAGGUCAACAUGUCCGGCAGCGAGCUCGCCUGCUUUGACGUAGUCAAGGAUGACGCUUGGCUCAAAGGAGACUUUAUAGCUACAGUUCAACAGAGAGGUGCUGCAGUCAUCAAGGCCAGGAAGUUGUCCAGCGCCAUGUCUGCAGCCAAAGCCAUCUGUGACCACCUGAGGGACAUUUGGACUGGCACCCCAGAGGGUGAGUUCACUUCUAUGGGGAUCUACUCCACUGGAAACUCCUAUGCAGUCCCAGAAGACCUCAUCUACUCCUUCCCUGUCCAGAUCAAGGAUAAGACCUGGAAGAUUGUAGAGGGGCUGACGAUCAAUGACUUUUCUCGGUCCAAGAUGGAGGCCACAGCAGCAGAGCUGCUGGAAGAGAGAGACACAGCUGUGGCUUUCCUCGGAGUAUGACCCCACUCUAAUGGGCCGGCACGUACACCGAACCUAAACCCCAGAGGCAUGCCUGUGACGCAGCACUCCAUGAGCCCCAUUCGUCACUCUCUGAAGAUGUUUGUGUGAAAAAGAAAGUCAGGGUUUGAGCGUUUAGAUGGAUUUAUAUUUGUCCACUGGAUACAAGCCAGAUAUUUAUUUAUUUUUAGGCAGCAGAUCUGCUGUUUCUCUGACCAGGUAAAAUGGAGGUUUACCUGGUCAGAGAAACAGCAGAUCUGCUUCUUAUCAGAUUGGCCAAACUCUAUCUUUAGCAAACAGUACCUGAACUCUUCCUAACUUUUAAUAAGCUACUUAUCAGGCUUUGUUCUCUAGAGGCGAGUGAAAGGAUGGAUGACUCUUCCAUACGGUCAGUGAUGCACUAAAGUCACCAAACUCUAACUGAUGGCUCAGUGUUAACAAUUAAAAAUCUAUUUAAGACAAUA